GAAUUCCGUGGCGACCGUCGCCACCGGGCUCCGGCCCCCCACCCACGUGCCAAAGCUGCUCCCCACAAGGAUGGGAGUGACGGAGCGGUCGCGGCGGGCACGCGCGGCUCUUUGGUUCUACGGCAGCUCCAUCUUUCUGGCCCUGGGGUGUCUUCAAAUCCGCAGCAUGUGCUCGAAGAAGGCAAAGGCCCCAGCCAGAAGGGCAAUAAGGCCUGAAAUCAAGGAGGACGAGCAGCCCCUUGUUCAGGAUGCAGAAUCGGAGCAAGAGGCAGAUGGAGGGCCGAAAACGGAUGCGGAGCUGGUGCAGUACCAGCUUGCUGUUGGCUUCGCAGUGUACCAUGUGAUAUACACCUUCUGCGGAUUCAUCCUCGUCUUUUGGGCUUGUCGGCAUCAAUAUCUCAACGCCUACGGCCUGGACUGGGAGCUCUACACGUUUUGGUUUGUGGAGAGUGUGGUCACGCACCUCAUAUGCGGUGCUACCCCACAGUCGUUCCUGCGCUCCAUCCUGCCCAUCUUGAGUGAGCGCUACGAUCUCAUGAAGGACACAGUGAGCAUUGGAAUCUACGCACAGCUGGGCGACCCACUCGGCUACGUUUGCGCAACCGUCGUUGUGUUCACCAUGGUGGUGCCCAAUAUCUUCAACUACCUGCAGCCCGUGACGGCAAGACUGACCAGGAUGUCUUAUUGGCCCAUUCCGCAGGUCGGGAGUCAGGCCGCCAAUUCCCAGGGCGAGAACUUGCAAGCGACAGGCGGAUUGAUGCAGAUGUGCGCUCGUCAGAUUGAAGAGGCCACACGAGGUCAUCGGCGCCUGCUUUGCCUACUAGAGGACAUUCCGCAGCUCGUCGUGGGCCUGAUCUUUGCCGUAUUCUCUUCGUAUGCGGAAGGUGCGGCGAUAUCACCGUUUAUUAUUGUGAACAUCGCGGUGACCUCCGCAAAGGCUUUUGCGGUUCUCUUUGGCAGGCCUCUGUGCCUAGCUUGGAUGGCCUCGAAGCAGAUGCCUUGGCCGGCACACAGCAUCGCUGCCAGAGAUGUGCACACCACAAUGGUUAUCAGCCUGUUCGGAGAAGCAUGGAAGCAUCGUAUCCUCGAGGAGCUCCUUGGUGAGGAGCGUGCCUCAAAAGACACGCGUUUCGCCGCAGAGGGGGAGCUCUUCAAGAUGUUCCUCACUUCUUUGCAGAAUGGUCCCUCUGGUACCAUCGACUGGCUGCAGCAGGAUAAGUGGCGUCGCACCCACGACAUCGCGGUGCUCUUCGCGUUGAGCAAGGACGUGUCUUCUAGGGAGGCUCCCGGCUUGAUAACCAAAUGGUCGCUGCUCCACGGGCAGGCCGCCAUGUUUGGCAAAGACCUUAACUCGUACGUCGCCUUUCUACAGGGGCUCAACGACAGCAUAAGCAAAGAGCGCAUGAGCGCCUUCAUGAGGCCCACGUGCCCGCAACCACUCUUGGGCCUGCUUUGGCUAGCGGCCUGUAACGGUGUUGAAUCAAAGAUGCUGCUCGAGCUUCGGAGUAAGCUUCUGAUGGAUGCUGCCACGGCACGCAUCAUUCUGACCUCUGCAGACACCGGCUUCGACAAUCCCUCCACCACCGUGCGGCUCUUUCUCUGCCAGGCAAUGAUGGUGGUCCCAUGGAGCGAGUUUCCGCAAGAAGCAGCUCAAGUGGCACGGCUUGCCAUCACGGAGUCUGAUCCAGUUCUUCAACCUGCAGCUUGGGGAGCUUUGGCCUUGCAGCCGAGCUUGGACAUAUUGAAACCGGAACUACGUAACGGUGGGCAUUUCGAGUUAAAGAACGGCUUUGAGACCACUAACUACGCCGCCACAAGCCGUCUUCGUCGUGCUUGUCGUGCUGUGGAGAUGUUAGACCGAUGUUCGGCUGCUGCUUGCGACUGUGAGGCAAGUCUGGCGCGCAUUCUAGACCUUAAAGGCACACCCGCUGAUUUACGCCCGGCCUUCCAGGCUUUGUUAUUUCAUGGCUUCUUUUCCACGGCAUUGAACAGCAGCUCCAGCAAGGCACUGUUGUCCCAGAUGCGUGAUCCGACGACAACAGGUAGGUACGGACAGACGGUCCUAGACUUUCCAGCGGAUGUUCCCUUGCAAGCAGAUUGCACCCAUGAUUUGAGCGUGGUUCUCCAAGACGACUCCAUACCAUACGUCGACAAAUGGGGUGUGUGCAAGCUGCUUAGCCACGCAGGUCAGCAAUGUUUUGAGGAGGCCUUGACACGGCUGUGGGCGACCGAAGCAGAUAACUCGCAGACGUGCUUUGCCUACGCUUUGCGAUUUGUUCCGGGUGGCGAGCCUAGCGUAGAGCAUGUGGAAAAGGUGAUUGGGAUGCUUGACAAUGUCGUCUCCGACAUUCGCCGAGAAGCAUUAUUCGACACUCUCAAGAAGCUAGCAGGGAAGCUUCGCCCGCAGCAAGUCAAACGCUUAAUGGCGAUCUGCACAGGUGCCUUGAAAGAUGCUUCCACUUUCAACACGAUUGGUAGGGACUGUCUCCAGCUGCUUGCAGUCCUGGGUCAGUUUGUGAAGAUGGAGAUGCUGGAGAGCAUCAUGCCAACAGUCAGAGAUCUGCUUUGCAAGGAAGACUUGGAUCCACUGCAUCGCGCCGAGAUUUGCAGGUUGCUGGCAGCUUGGGGAACUAUCCCUCCUGUUGUGGGCUGCAUUCCAGACUUGGCAAAGCUUCUCCACAGCACGGACAAGGAGGUCCGCAGCGCCGCCUGCCUUGCCCUUGGGUCACUUGAUGCUAUUCCCGCGGUCAUCGAGCACAUUGAAAGAUUGCUGGAUAUUGCGUGUGAAGAUCCGGAUCAGCAGCAAGCUGGAGGCACUGCCUGGUCAGCUCUUCUAAAUCUUGAUGUUAUUCACAACGGCCUGGCGACUUCUCAAGUGCACCAGCGCCUGAAGGCAAUGGUGUCAGCCUUGCAGAACUUUGAUAUAGGCCCAGAUCCACACGUCAGGACCGGUCCGGGCUUCAACACCCUGCGUUGCGGCUGCCUCAGCGCACUGCUGUGUGGCGAGAUUGGGCGUCUCGAGAGCCUUGCAAGGCAAACCAUCCACGCCAACACCGCCCAGAGCAUCUCGGGGUUUUUUGACGACUUGCGGCGCUUAAAGAAGCAGCAGAUGCUCCCAACCCCGACCGAUCCCCUGAUGCAAGGCUUGAUAGCAGUGGUCUCCAGGGAGCUGCGAGAUGAUGGCGAGCAGCCUCCUUCAAGGAUCCACCCGAGCUGCUCUUCGACGCCUCAGGAGCCGUAA